AUGUGGAAAACAAUUGAUUUCCUUUUGACAUUUGAGUUGGAUGUAAAAGGACACGCGAACGAAGGCAUAGUUUCGCCAAAGUUCGCCGUAUUCUCAGUUAUGUCACGAAACAAACAACAUGAAGAGACCGAUAAACUUACGCGUAUUGCUAUUGUGAACGCGGAUCGCUGUAAGCCUAAAAGAUGUAGGCAAGAAUGUAAAAAGAGCUGCCCAGUGGUGCGUAUGGGUAAGCUCUGCAUUGAAGUCACUCCCAAUGACAAGAUAGCAACUAUAUCUGAAGAGCUGUGCAUUGGAUGUGGUAUAUGCGUCAAGAAAUGUCCAUUUGAUGCUAUCACCAUUAUUAACAUACCUUCCAAUUUGGAAAAGCAUACUACUCAUCGCUACUCCAAGAAUUCUUUUAAACUCCAUCGGCUACCAAUUCCUCGUCCUGGGGAAGUCUUAGGGCUUGUUGGGCAGAACGGUAUUGGCAAGUCCACAGCAUUGAAAAUUCUUGCUGGAAAACAGAAGCCUAAUUUGGGAAGAUAUGCUGAUCCUCCAGACUGGCAAGAAAUCCUGUCUCACUUCCGUGGGUCUGAGCUACAAAACUACUUCACGAAAAUUCUUGAAGAUGAUCUAAAGGCAUUGAUCAAGCCUCAAUAUGUGGAUCAGAUACCCAAGGCAGUUAAAGGCACUGUGGGUCAGCUCCUUGACAAAAAGGAUGAGUUAAAAAAUCAAGUGGAAAUUUGUAAAAUGUUGGAUUUAUCACAUAUCCGUGACCGAGAGAUUUCCGCAUUAUCUGGAGGAGAGCUGCAGCGUUUCGCCUGUGCUAUGGUGUGCAUUCAAAAUGGUGAUAUAUUUAUGUUUGAUGAGCCCUCAUCUUAUUUGGAUGUCAAACAACGUCUAAAUGCAGCUCGGACAAUAAGAUCACUCAUACAUCCUGAUAAGUUUAUCAUCGUGGUAGAGCACGACUUGUCUGUGCUAGACUACUUAUCUGACUUUAUUUGCUGUUUAUAUGGUAUACCUGGUGCUUAUGGAGUUGUGACUAUGCCCUUCUCAGUAAGGGAAGGUAUUAAUAUAUUCCUUGAUGGGUUUGUCCCUACUGAAAAUAUGAGGUUCAGGACUGAGUCUUUAGUAUUUAAAGUUGCUGAAUCUGCUAAUGAAGAAGAAAUCAAGAGGAUGAAUCAUUAUGAGUAUCCUGAAAUGUCUAAAAAGAUGGGUGAUUUUAGCUUAUAUGUACAAGCUGGCGAAUUCUCAGAUUCUGAAAUUUUGGUGUUGCUUGGAGAAAAUGGUACCGGUAAAACCACAUUCAUUAGGAUGUUGGCUGGCAACUUAGAACCGGAUGAUGGUUCCGGACAGCUGCCCCAGUUACACAUUAGUUAUAAGCCACAGAAGAUAUCUCCUAAAUCACAAGGUCUCGUGCGGAGCUUGCUCCAUGACAAGAUCAGGGAUGCGUAUGUUCAUCCGCAGUUUAUCACAGAUGUGAUGAAGCCAAUGAAAAUAGAGGAGAUAAUGGACCAGGAAGUGCAAAACUUGUCUGGUGGUGAAUUGCAAAGAGUGGCUCUGGUGCUCUGUCUUGGCAAGCCAGCUGAUGUCUACCUUAUUGAUGAACCUUCUGCUUACCUAGAUUCUGAGCAGCGUCUUGUAGCUGCUAAGGUUAUCAAGAGGUUCAUCCUACAUGCAAAACGCACAGGUUUUGUAGUAGAGCACGACUUUAUUAUGGCCACAUAUCUUGCGGACCGCGUCAUUGUAUUCGAAGGCACGCCGUCGUCGAAUGCUACUGCGCAUGCACCACAGUCCCUACUCAACGGCAUGAACCGGUUCCUCGAAUUGUUGGGCAUUACCUUCCGAAGAGAUCCCAAUAACUUCCGACCAAGGAUAAACAAAUAUUCUUCUGUUAAGGACAUUGAACAGAAAAAGGCAGGCCAAUAUUUCUUCUUGGAAGACUAG